CUGUAGUGGCCUUACCUGAUUUUUCUACCUGAGCUGUGGCAAGGUAAUCUGGUUUUUCACUUUCUUCCGUCUUUGUCGGACCAUUUCCUGGUAGAUUUAUCACCUUUCUCCGGCAUCACCUCCAGCCACCGAGAUCCUAGAUUUUUUUUAGAUCUGUCUGCUCCAGGAAAGUGGUGGAUCCCAAGGAGUUCUAGAAGAUGUUUGGCCCUGCUGCUUGGCCUGUCUGAGUCCCAGUGGCUAACUGGGAUGGGAGAGCAGUUGGGUUUUGCCCCUGAGUGCCCUCUUUACUGUAUUGUCAUUGCACCUCGUACAAUGAAAUUAAAUGCCAUCUUCAGUGUACAUCAUACUUAAGAAAACUAUAAAAAUAAAACAAAAACACACAUUCCCCUCCCCACUGCUCUUGGCGUUUCAGGCAAAAAAGAAAAGAAAAGACAGAAAUUCCUCUUGAAAUUAAAGUGGGGAAGAGUUAAAAGAAUAUAAAUGUCUCAGCCAGAACUGUAAAUAAAGUAAAUGUUUCUUUUCUUACGCACACGAACAGGAAAUCAGUAAAAAUUUCCAUAUACAGAUACUAACAUCUGCAGUACUUUUCAUUCAUGAACAAUUAUUGAGAUUAAUUUUCUUUUCUUUUUCAGGAGAACAGCGAGAACCGUAGGAUAGCACUAUUACAAAUGAUCAUGUCCGAAGAAAGGAUGUUUGAACAUCAAGACGCACUUCAAAAGGGUAUGAAAAGUUGCAUAAGAAACGGAGGGAAGAGGUCUUCUUAUCCUAGUGGGGUCUGUGGCCUCCAAACCCAGGAAGUUCACCAAGGAGAAGAAAAGGGAGAAUAUUUCAGAUGUGGCAAAGGAGACAAAGAAAACUGUGAUUUCAUUCAAUAUUGUACAACCCAGACCGAAGAGAAACAAUAUGAAUAUCAAGAGGAUGGGCAAAGUAUUAGCUCUGCCUCCUACCUUGCCUUACAUCGCCCAUCAUACACCAAAGAGAUACCAUGUGCAUUUAUAAAUUGUGAGGGAAAUUUCCGUUUCAGCAGACGCCUAAUUUCCCACAAAGAAGGGAAGCCAUACGAUCGUGGAGUGGAUUUCAAUGUGAAACAGUUACUUACUUUCCCCCCAAAAAAUCCCCCAAGGGAGAAGAAACCUUAUAAGUGUCUGAGGUAUGAAAAGACGUUCACUCAAGAGAAGUAACCUUGUCGUACAUGAACCCACACAGGGGAGAAACUAUAUGUGUGCCCUAUGUGUGGAAGAGGAUUUGGUCAGAGUGGUCACCUUAAAACACACCAACGAUCCCACAUGGGGGAGAAACCGUAUACGUGCAGGGAAUGUGGGAAGAGCUUCAGUUGCAGCAAUUCUUUUAUUUGCCAUAAAAGAAUUCACACGUGGGAGAAGCUGUAUAAAUGCUUAGAAUGCAGAAAGGACUUUAAUUGUAGCAGUCGCCUUGCAUCUCAUAAAAGGAAACACACCGGAAAGAAGCCAUAUAAAUGCACAGAAUGUGGAAAGAAGUUUUCCUAUAAGGACGGCCUGAUGAGACACCAACGCACCCACACUGGGGAGAAGCCAUAUGCAUCCCUGAUGUGUGGAAAGACAUUUAGUGGACGAGCUGAGCACAGAAGCCACGAAAGGAUCCACACGGGGGAGAAACCCUACGGGUGUGUCGAAUGUGGGAACAGCUUCCGGAAGUACAGUAAUUUCACUCGGCACAAAAUGGUCCACACAGGAGAAAAACCGUACAAAUGCCCAGAGUGCGGAAAAAGCUUCACUCAGAACGCGAACCUUAUCAAACACAAAAGAAUCCAUGUGGGAGAAAAACCAUAUAAAUGUGCCAACAAUGGGAAAAACCAGUCAAAUCGUCUUUCACAACACAAAUCCACAACCACAGAGAAACCAAAACUCGGAAGCUUUUCUCUCUAAUGUUUUCUUCUAAAAAUGGGACCCUUGUGUGGGAAAACUAUAGAAAUAUGGGGUCUGUGCAGAAAUAUUCAAUUGGAAGAAUAGACUAAAGGAAAUCACAUUGACCAACCUUAAAAAUGCCCUGAGUGAGAAAAGAUUCAAAUGGCCCUUUGGAUUUAGGCCCUUAUUUCCCAUAAAAGAUUUUAUUUUGGGAGGAACACCUCAAGUACGUACAAACUCUUGACUAUCAGGACUGGCCCUAAAGACACUUAAACAUGACUUGCCCAUCACCCCAGGACAGAUCUCUAUGGCGUUUCUUUCAUGAGUUUCUGUUUCCCUGCAAACGACAAAACAGAAGUUUAUGAAAGAAAAAGAUCUUAUCUCUUGCCGUGCUGCAGAUGUUGGGAUGCCCAAACAUCAGCAUACCUACACCUGUGAAAAUCUAUGAAAACAAGUUUGUG